UUCACACAGAGUCACACACACUGAGCUUUUCUCCUCCUCAGCCCUGCUGUGUCUUUACUAACGGGACAACUUUAAACCUCCAGGAUAUCUGCCGGUUUCCGCUUUUCCCUCGCCUCCAUGUGAACAUCUCGACCCGGAGAGAGGACGUUUACUGCUGCUGAAAGGAUGAUGAUGACGAUGAUGGGAGGAGGCCAGGGCCGAAGGUGCAUCCCUCGCUAGAAUCAUACUUACUCCCCAGAACUUCACCCCUCCACCAUCCAUCCACUACUGUCGUCCCCUCGCCCGACGCCAUGGCCAACCACCUGGAGCUGAUCCAGGAGCUGCAGCAGCUGGACAAGGUGCCCAGCCUGGAGAGGCUGCGGGCGGCCCAGAAGAGGCGCACUCAGCAGCUGAAGAGAUGGGCUGUGUACGAGAAGGAGAUGCAGAACAAGAAGCGAAAGGCGGACAAGAAGGGGCGCAACGCCAAAGACCUCCAUCUAGAGUCCAAGAGGCAUGUGUCCUUUGCAGCCAGCGUGGCACUGCUGGAGGCCUCGGCCAGGAAUGAUCCAGAUGAAGUUCGCUACCUACUGAAGAAAAACUUGAGUCCAGACCUCUGCAAUGAAGACGGCCUCACCGCUCUGCACCAGUGUUGUAUAGAUAACUACGAGGAGAUGGUGAAGAUCCUGCUGGACCGAGGCGCCAGCGUCAACGCUCAGGACAACGAGCUGUGGACGCCGCUGCACGCCGCCGCCACCUGUGGACACGCAGGACUCGUCAAGAUCCUCAUCGCACAUGGUGCAGAUUUGCUGGCAGUCAACUCUGAUGGCAACAUGCCGUACGACCUUUGUGAAGACGACCCAACACUGGACAUAAUCGAGACAGCUAUGGCCAACAGAGGCAUCACCCAGGAGAUGAUCAACGAGACACGAGCCGCUACAGAGAGGAGGAUGCUGGGAGACGUGCAGGAGCUGAUGAAUCAGGGAGAGGAGGUCAACAUGCAGGACUCUCAGGGAGCCACUCUGCUCCACAUCGCAGCAGCCAGUGGAUACGUGCAGGCUGCAGAGCUGCUGCUGGAGGGGGGGGGUCGCAUGGACCUCAGAGACUCGGAUGGAUGGCAGCCCCUCCAUGCUGCAGCGUGCUGGGGUCAGAUGCAUGUGGCGGAGCUGCUGGUGUCUCACGGAGCCAGCCUCAACGCCAAGACCUUCCUGGAGGAGACCCCCAUCGAUCUGUGUGAGGAUGAGGAGUUCAGGAACAUCCUGCUGGACCUGAAACACAAACAUGACAUUAUCAUGAAGUCACAGCUCAAACACAAGACGUCGCUGUGCAGGAGGACGUCCAGCGCAGGCAGCCGAGGAAAAGUGGUGCGGCGAGCCAGCCUGUCGGACAGACACAACCUGUGCCGCAAAGAGUACGAGACGGAGGCCAUCGUGUGGAGGGGGGGGAGGGAGGGGCAGGAGGAGAAAGAGAAGGAGUCGGAUCAGGAGAACAACCAGGUGAUUAAAGUGAAGCCAGUCGUAGCUGUGGAGCUGCCGGACAAGCCCAAGCUGCCCACCAUCCUCAAAGACAGCAGCAAACAGAACGGGCUCAUCUCCACAACGACGUCCACGCCGCCGCAACCGCCCUCCAAUGGCAACACGGCGUCUCCUGAACCCUCCUCUCAGGAGGACGGCCCCAGAGAGCGCGCUCAGACUCUGUCAGAGCUCAAGAAGCAGAGGGCCGCGGCCAAACAGUUGAGUCAUCCCUUGUUCAACGGUCACCUAGGUAACGGCUCCACAGACUCCUUCACUGAUGCCAAAAACAACUCCGAGGACCCCCGCAUGCCGCUGGUCUCCUCCAAUGGCAACGCGGUUUACUACACGCCGGCCAGCGGGGACCCGCCCCUCCUCAAACUGAAACAGCCAAUAGAGGAAGAGCAGCCCAACGUGCGGACCUGCUGCUGCGUGUCAUAGCAACCUGGUCAUGUGACUGUUGACAGAUCAGGAAGUGUUUGCACAAAAAAGUGAGGAAUGGGCUGUAGAAGGAAGGAAGGAAGGAAGGAGAGAGGGAGUUUCCUAUUAACAUCCUUCUCCUCCCCUCCUUUAAACGUCUCCCAGAGAAAAUGGCUGGCCUGCAGAGAGUUUAGAGACCUAUCCUUGUCCCUCCCUGCCGUCAUGUGACUCCUGCUACAAUUGGAGACAUCUUUCCCCAAAGCAGGCAUGUUGUGUAGCACAGAGGACGAAAGGAGCCGAGCAGUGCUACUGGUUUUCUUCCAGGUGUCACUUGGAUUAAAAUUCCUUACGGAGUCUCUCUAAAAGACAAAAAGACAGAAAGAGUGUGGCCCUGCUGUCCGCUGUGGACCUUUUAGGAUUCAAAGUGUAAACAGGUUUUUUCACCAGGAAGUUUCAAAGAUUUUAAGUCAGAAAACAAGAGAAGAUCUCCAGGUACAUGGUGCAUGUUCUGCCCUCUGAGGUGAAGAAUAUGUUUUCCCCCCCCUCAAUACGGAUGGUUAUCAUGUCAUCAAACAUUAUCUUCAAGAAGAACUUGCAUUGUUGUCAAACUAUAAUGUUCUCCUUUUUUGUCAUAUUUCUGUUCAAAAGGCCAUCACAGGACGGUCCAGAUGUGUCGCAGUACACGAUGUCGUUGUACAACAUAUCAAACAGUGAAACGUAGCAAAACGAGAUCUGUGAAGUCUCUUUCAAAUAUCUGUCAUGUUAAAGUGCUGCCUGCAUAAGUAAAGGGAAGGAAUGCCAUAAAACAGUAUUACAUAUUCAGGAAGUAUACUCCUGCAGCGAGGGAUAACAUGUCAGAGUUAAGUUGUGCACUUUUUUACUGUCACUCUACUUCACCUCACCGUCCUCUCAUAUCAAACCUGAACUGACAGGUCAUGCUCCGUUUGAUGCAUAACCCAUUUUGUGCUCAGAUCAUUUAAGUAAACAUGGUUGAAAUGGCUGUAAAUGACUUUAUUUAUGAAAUUAAUGUAAUGUGUAGAGAAAACAAACAUUAUGGUUCCUAAAGUUGAGUGUAUUUAUUAUCUGGAUGGUGUGUGGAGAGCAUGAAUGUGAUGUGAGAUGAGCUGGAGGACGUUCAGCUUCUGACAUGGAAAAUCAAACUGAUAGAAGUAAGCCAGUGUUACUGUCUGCUUUAUGAACAGAUUACAUAAACAAGCCAUCCUAUCAGGAAGGAUUUCAUAAUGUGUCACUACAAAUAACAGUGUUAUUUGUUUAUGUUUUAGGUUGUUUCUUCUGGUGGCCAUUGUGUGGCUUUAUCUUCUCCCAGUCACUGUAUUGUUUUAUUAACUGAAGUUGUAAAUGUUGUGUAUUGAAUUACUGUAAGUAUAGUAUGUUCUGAAAACACACAUGGAAUUGUAUGCUUGCCUCAGUAUUUAUUUUUCAUAAGAUGGAUUUGAUAUGUAGCACACCAUUAUGUCAGGUGUCCUUGAAUGCAUCAUGGGUUCAACAUAAAAUACAAAAACAAGUACUAAAAGUAGCUAAUCUGCCUAAUUAAAGGAAUAGUGUGACCUUUUGGGAAAUGUUAUUUUUUGCAGAAGGUUAGAUAAGAAGAUCAAUAGCGCUGUCAUGUCUUAUUUAACCUUUAUUUAACCAGGAAAGUCUCAUUGAGAAUCAAAAUCUCUUCUGCAAGAGAGUCCUUGCCAAGAUAGGCAGCAGCACAGUGAAAGAACACAUAUUAAAAACAAUAACAGAAAACAGAGAACAUAUGGUCACAUCAGGAACAUCAUUAUACAAAUCAUCAAGAGACAGAGUGCUUCUCGGUCACUGAGCAGCACUUAGAGAGACCAGCUCCCUAAGAUAAGUCCAUGUUGCAGCUUGUUCCAAUCAAAUGGAGCAGUGUAACUAAACACCCUUUUCCCCACCUCGGUGUGGACUUUUGGGACAGGGAGUUAAAACAUGUCCAAAAAUAUGCAACUGGAGCUAGCAGCUGGUUAGCUUAGCUUAGAAACAGCUAGUCUGGCUCUAUUCAAAAGAAAACCUGCCCCUCAACUAUUUUCUUGGCCAGGUAUUUUUGGUUAAUUGACUAAUCCGGCACAUAAGCGAACUGGGACAACAACGUGUUUUGGUUGUGUUUUUUUUACAGAUUAGACAAACAAUAAAUAAAGCAUUAAAAUACCCUUUUCAAAGCAGACAUGUUGACUACUCGUAGCAAGAAACGCACAGGCAGAACUUCAGCUCACCCCUGUGACUAAUACUCAGGCCAGUAUGUCUGAUACCAAACCACCUUAAUCUUACACCCAAUAGUAUACUGUUGCCCAUAGGGUUGGAAUAAAUUAUUUUUUACCUCAUGAUAGUAUUGUGUGUUUAAAUUGGAAUAAAAAGAGGAAUGUCUCUGAAAACUAAAUUAUUCCAACUUUAUGGGCAACAGUGUAUUUAUUACUUUUCCGGUUGUGAAAUCAUGAGUGUUGACUAGUUUUUUACCUUUUUGCAAAGCCACUUAAGCUUUUUAUUUAAGAAGCUUGAGUGUUGUCAAUCUCCUAAGUCUCUGCAAGAAAGCAAAUAAUCAUAUUUCCCAAAAUGUUGUGUUACUCUUUGCAUCUAAAAACAGCUCAUCUAAUCUGCUUGUGAGUGCCAAAGAGUCUUCCAUGAGUUGAAAAUGAACAAAUAUGGGAAUUUAAAAACCCUGGUGCAAGACUUUCUUCGUCCUAACAGAUGUGUUUUUUCCUUAAGUCCAACCCCUUUUAACAUGUGAUUACCCACAAUGCCACUAACGCUUUACCCCCGCCACAUCAACUGUACAGUGUCAAAUAUUUGUACAGAUGCGUUUGUAAAUAUGUUUGUAUUAGUAUCCCCUUAUCUGUUGUUACCAUAAACUGCUUUUACAUGUUAUUGUUGUUACUGUGAAGGAACUUUUAGGAGAAUACAAUUUCCCAUUGAUGAACAGUGCUAGGGAUUCGGGAGUCUAUGUAGACCCCCCCCCCUUCCCCCCCUCAGUAUUCUAGAAAAUGUCAAAUCGAUCCUUAAAUUCCACUGCAUCCAGGUUUCACUCUCAUUAUGUUCUUUCUUGCUUUUCCUUUGACCAGCAUCUGCGGUCAUUUCUUCUGCGACGGUCAGGUUUUUUACUCAAUUAAAGGAAGUACACAUCAAGUCACAGUCGGGGUGAUUCCUCUAUCAUGUAUUUUGGAUCCUUAUUUUUUUUAUUAAGAAAUGUCUUUGACAUCAUAUUGAUAUGAGUCAGCCGAAAUUCACUGAAGUUAGUCCAGUUCAUGAUUAUUCUUCCUGUGAAAUCCAUUCCUCAAAUGUCAGUUCUGCUUCCUUGCUAACAACAUAGAAAUCAUAUUAAAUUGUCAUUUUGAACUACGACCUGGUCAGUAUUAGUCACAAAGGGACUGUCAGCUGUUAUAAAGAUACCCUGUGUUCUCAUGGUAGAUCAACGCUUGUGUUUUGUCUGCAAGUCUUGUUGUCUAUAAUGAUAAGAUUAUAAAGUCAAAAUACUACUGAUUUUGUAAUUACUGGAAUAUAUUGAUGGUUGCAUUAACAUAUUUUGAAUAAAUUGUAUAUUUUGAGAAUUUUA